GCCAUUUCGAAUCCGGACAAGAAAAACCUUCCCCUUCCUUCCUUCCUUCCUAGCCCCUAUCGAGAGAACCAGCGGACGCCCCCCGCUCGACCCGACCGACCGACGAUCCGAACCCGGAGGAUGACGACGGAGGUGCCCUCUCUCAUGGACAUCGACGGCGGCGACGAGGGGCACGCCGACAACAACCACGGCGGCGGCCCUCCGAAGUCCGACAAGGGCAAGGGCGCCGCCGUCCCCGGCGCCUCUCCGGACGGCAAGGCCGCGCCGUGGGUCGAGAAGUACCGGCCCCAGUCGCUCGCCGAUGUCGCCGCUCAUCGCGACAUUGUGGACACCAUUGAUAGGCUGACGAAUGAGAACAGGUUGCCGCAUUUACUGCUGUAUGGCCCUCCCGGCACAGGGAAAACGUCGACCAUCCUGGCAGUGGCUCGCAAGCUUUACGGGGCGCAGUAUCACAAUAUGAUCUUGGAGUUGAAUGCGUCUGACGAUAGAGGCAUCGACGUCGUGCGGCAGCAGAUUCAAGACUUUGCUAGCACUCAGAGCUUCUCAUUUGGUGCUAAGUUGUCUGUGAAGUUAGUACUACUGGAUGAGGCUGAUGCCAUGACAAAAGAUGCCCAAUUUGCACUACGUAGAGUGAUCGAGAAAUACACAAAGCACACUAGGUUUGCUCUUAUCGGUAAUCAUGUCAACAAGAUUAUUCCAGCUUUGCAAUCUAGAUGUACCAGAUUCAGAUUUGCUCCUCUUGAUCGCAUCUACGUUGCAGAUCGACUGAAACAUGUCAUAGCAGCUGAGGGGCUUGAUGUAACCGAGAGUGGCUUGGAGGCACUUGUACGGCUCAGCAAUGGUGACAUGAGAAAGGCUUUGAACAUUCUACAGUCCACGCAUAUGGCUUCUCAACAAAUAACUGACGAAGCUGUCUACCUCUGUACCGGAAAUCCACUGCCCAAAGACAUCGAGCAAAUAUCUUAUUGGCUUCUAAAUGAAUCUUUUGCUACAAGUUUGAAACGAAUAUCUGAUAUUAAGACGAGGAAAGGUCUGGCCUUGUUGGACGUUGUUAGGGAAGUGACGAUGUUUGUAUUUAAAAUCAAGAUGCCGUCAGAUGUUCGUGUCCAGUUGAUCAAUGACUUAGCAGACAUUGAGUACAGGUUGAGCUUCGGAUGCAAUGACAAAUUGCAGCUUGGAUCGCUCAUUGCCUCUUUCACACAUGCUCGCGCUGCGCUGGUUGCUGCCGUGAAGUAGACAUGCCGUAGCUACAACUUGUUUCUACCCCUGGCCUUAAACAUUUAUCCGAGUUGUAUUUUCUGUAUCGCGCAAUGAAAGUUGGAUCUAUAUUUUUAGAGUGCUUUUGUUCGGUGGAGUAGUAGCGCUCUAGAGUAAUGCACAAGGGUGAUUGCAAAUUGAUAUAUUACCAAAGGUCACAAGCAGUGCUUGAUGCGGUGCCCA